AUGUUACUACCACCACCUACUUACCGAACUGAGAAGGUGACUGGACAACCUCAAGGAGUGGAUUUUGAUCAAUAUGCAGGCUAUGUAACAGUAGACCCCAAGGCUGGAAGAGCACUGUUCUAUUAUUUUGUAGAGUCACCGCAUAAUUCUUCCACCAAUCCCCUGGUAUUGUGGCUAAAUGGAGGGCCAGGUUGCUCAUCUCUUGCAUAUGGAGCCAUGGAAGAACUGGGUCCUUUCAGAGUUAACAGUGAUGGAAAGACCCUGUUCAGAAAUGAAUAUGCAUGGAACAACGUGGCAAAUGUGAUCUUCUUGGAGUCCCCCGCAGGAGUGGGGUUCUCAUAUUCAAACACUAGUUCAGACUACGCCAACGCCGGUGACAAGAGCACCGCUGAGGAUGCUUAUACUUUCCUUGUAAACUGGCUGGAGAGGUUUCCCCAAUAUAAAACCCGUGAUUUCUUCAUAGCUGGUGAGAGCUAUGCUGGUCAUUAUGUUCCUCAGCUGGCAAAUACCAUUCUCUUGAGGAACAACAACACGAAGAACACAAAAAAAACUAUCAUCAACCUCAAAGGGAUUGCCAUUGGGAAUGCUUGGAUAGAUGAUAAUACGGGCAACAAAGGAAUGUACAAUUAUUUCUGGACCCAUGCAUUAAAUUCUGAUGAAACCAACGCAGGGAUUAACAAAUACUGUGAUUUUGUUGCUGGUAAUUUUUCAAAUACAUGUUUAAAGUAUCAAAACCAAGCAGAUGACGAGAUUGGGAACAUAGAUAUAUACAACAUCUACUAUCCACUUUGCCAGUCAAAAGCAACUGCUCCAGCAUCAAAAGGUGGCUCAUCAUCUGGUUCCGUGAAAGAUAUUGACCCCUGCUCCGAGAUAUAUGUUAACUCCUACCUAAAUCUUGCCGAUGUGCAAAGAGCUCUGCAUGUCAAAUCUACUAAUUGGUCAGCUUGCAGCUCUGUAGGAUGGACAGACAGCCCAACAACUGUUCUACCCACAAUACAGCUCCUGAUAGCAAGCGGAAUAAGAGUGUGGAUAUAUAGUGGAGACACUGAUGGACGCGUUCCAGUGACAUCCUCUCGGUACUCCAUAAACACUCUGAAUCUUCCAGUGGAAACAGCUUGGCGCCCAUGGAACAUCAGAGGCGAGGUUGGAGGAUAUGUGGUUGGGUACAAGGGAGUGACGUUCGCCACUGUAAGAGGAUCUGGGCAUAUGGUUCCUAGUAACCAACCGGAACGAUCGCUUGUCAUGAUCUCGUCUUUCCUUCAGGGGACACCUCUCCCUGCAGAGAACAAUUCAAAGCCAUAAUCCCAUUUCAACAUUUUAAUUAUCUUAUCAUUAUAAAUUUCAGCUACUUGUAAUCAAGCCAUAAAAGACAUUUCCUGUUGAAUUUUAGGGGAUAUUUGGUUGGAGG